CUGGCUCUAAGUUACGUUUUGGUCGACCAAAUGAUAAAUCUACAAUUUAUAAUCGAUUUGUACAUCAAAAUUUCAUAAAUAUGUAAACUAAUUCCUCUGCACCGCUUAUAAUACAAGUUAUCCCUAACUCCCGAUGAAAUGUCUGAUGUGGAGCAAGAAGCCUCUGGAUACGUGGAUAAUGAGCAAAAUGAAGGACAAGAAGCCGCUGAAGAUCUUGAGGGCGAAGACGACGAACAGUACGUUGAAAAGGAGGACGAGUUCGAGGUGGAGGAGAAGGAUCCCUUUGAGCUCCUCAAUGAGAGCGAUGAGGACGAUGAAGAGCAACAGGCAAUGUACAAGGAGUAUCAGGCGGUGGUCAACGCUAUUGAUGCCCAGAACAGGAUUAUAAAAGAGCUCAAGGCAAAAUCCAAUCGACUGCUGUUCAAGAAGUGCAAGACUUAUAGAGACAAGCAGGAAUACAAACAACUUAGGGUCUGCCAGGAGCAUGAGGAGAUCCACUUAAAGGUCCUCGUGAAUAGAGCCAUGCACCUCCAAAACUUCGGUUCACCUAGGCGCUACAGAGAUAUAGAAAUGGAAGUCACAGAAGACGAGCAUGGCUACUUCUAUACAGAACUACAAUCAACCUUCUCAGGAUUUUGUCCCACAAAUUCGGCUGACGAAUAUGAGUCGGAUUCUGAAUCGGAUAAUGGGCUAUGUUGUACCUAGUCCAAAGUUUUUCGGUUUUUCGGCAUAUUGACAGCGAAAAGUUAUGAAAAUAAUUAAAUAAGUGUGGCAUUUCCGCCACAUCACUCUGGACACCACAUAUCUACGACACUGCACUCAAAAAGGGGAAAGGCUGGAGGGAAUUUCUUGGUGGUAGUAUGUAUGUGUCGUCUAAGUGCGAGUCUCACCGUUUGUCCUCAACACCAGGCCCACUUUAAUGCUUACGGAGAGGAAAGGUUCAUUCAGUUUCGGCCAAGUUUAUUAACCAAGCACGUGUGAACCAAAAAUACCGAAACGUACAAAAAUUUGUGUUGUCUUCUAUGCUGUCGCUUUGCUCUUACAAUAAAACUCGAAACAGGAAAUUUGCCCAACAGAGCGUGGAUAAAAAAGGUAUUUUAUGAUCUAAUCAGGGAUAUUUCAUCGCGUAAAAAACAACGUCAGACGGACGUGAAACAGCCGCCGAAGCCCAACUCCCAUUGCUGCCAACUGCUGUAGGAUGAAUAACAACAACGGACAACAACCAUACGAUGAACAACAAACAACUGCAGCAGCAACAACUUGGAACACAACAACGGCCACACGGAUAACACCAACACACAGGAUAGGAUAUGGCGAACAGAACCAUAUGUUAAUACAAUUUAAUUAACUUUGAGAACACCAGUACACAUACGAACAGCAACAGAUAUUAAUACUAUUUGCCACACUCAUAACUCCAAUCCAUAAUCCAAGUUAACUUGCAUUGUAAUAUACAUAAAUAUAUAUAUAUGAUUUAGGCAACAAAUUUUUUUCGAAAAAAUCAAAAGAAAAGCACACAGACAGGCAACUUACGAAUUCUGUCGUUUAUUUUUAGUUACUUUUUUUGAAUUAUCGAUGUUUGUGUUGCCGCCGUAUAAUAAAAUGUUAAAACUAAAACCUAAAGCUGAAGCUAAAGCUUAAACAUAUUAAAUAUAAUCAAUCGUAGACACCUAAAGAAGCCCAUAAUAAUUAUGCAAUUUAAAACUUGCUGCUACAAAUAUUUCUCUUGUUUAAUUAUGUAUACGCAUACAUUUUUUUGUAAUAUUUUAAAGUUUAAUAGCAAAAUGCAAACCACACAAACCAACAAGAAACCACACAGAAAAGCUUUUUAUAAAUAUAUCUAAAUAUAUAUUUAAAUAUAUAUAUUAAAUAGUUUAAAGUAUGAAACACUUAAAAUCCUAGCGAAGAAACAACAGAGGAAAACGGGAAAAACAAAAAAUAUCUCCAAUUAUUAAUGGUAAACGAAGUGAAUCGAAACAACUUUUUAAUGCAAUUUUUGUAAUUUUCUAAACCGAAAGCAAAUGUGUAGGGAUUUAUUAACAACAAAAAACCAAUGAGGAAUGAUACACUAACGUUUCUGAAAAGCUUUGGAGACUUUCCUUUACGAACAGUUAUUUUCUUUGCCCUGGAACACAUCCAAUAUAUGUAUGUAUGUAUGUUUAGCAAUUACUCCCGAUUGAUUUGCUUCUUUGUGUACUUUUGUAUAACUGCAUUCUGUAUUGUAAUAUUUAAGCUAUUAUUAUUAUGAUAAUUAUUAUUAUUAAAUAUAUAAGUUAUAUAUGCAAUCAAGCGAUGAUUGGUUCAUUUUUUGUAUGUAUGUAUGAGGCAUAUUCCUAGUUUCCCCUGUGAAAAUUUGUGCAACACACACGAAAUCUCGACCACAGUUAGAGCACGCAACCAUUUGUUUUAUCCUCCUUACAGACUUAUGCGAAUAUCCAAAACAAAAUCAAACAGACGCAUUUUUUUUUAUAAUAUAUACAUGCAUGUAUAUAAAUAUAAAAAUUACAAUUACGAGAGUUAAAAAUGUCGAUUGAUGGAGUGUACGUUUAGCUUGACUCAGAAAUAAAACGAAAAAUAUGAAAACUAA